AUAUACAUUUAUGUGGGAGACUUUCACGAAUUUCUUCGACGUUGCAGCGAAAACAGAAUUCGGAUCGAUUCGAAACUUUUCGUUUCAAGUUCUCGUUGAGUUUGUCGCUACCACCAGCUGCCGAAGAUCGUCGCGCACUUGCGCGUUGAAAGCGACGUAUGGCACGUUUUCUUACGGACCCUUCGCGGUGGUUCAGUGUGAUAUCAUCGGCGCAGUGUAACACUAUCCGCAGCCUCCGUCCAGCAUCGCGAAGGACGGACCGACGGCGAUCGCGGCAGAGUCAAGAGUGUGACCCGUGCGCAGCAUCCGCAAUUACGUGGUGGUCCAGUCUCGCUUUCGCUGUAUCUCCACUUUCUAUCUUCCCUCUCUCCUUCUCUCAUCCCGCUCCGUGACGGAGAGCGCGCCUCGGGGAUGCGUCGCGCCGAUCAGUGGUGGUGAAUCGAAUCAUCCCGACAUAAUCCCGUCCCGCCGGCGAUAUAUCAGGGGCAGGCCGAGCAGGAGGUCUGCGCGCUUGCUGGCCGAUGAAGGCGCGUAAGAGCCGCGACAAACGUAAGUCCGGGAGACGAGAGCGACUGUAAAGAGAGAAAGAAAGGCUGCCACGCGAUCGAGCUCUUCCUCCUCUGCUUCCUCGCCCCGUGUUCGUGCGGCAUCGUUCGAUAUUACGUGCCACAGCCGUUGAUACUUGGACCAGUCGAUCGACUACUCAGCGGAGAGCGUCGUUGACAAGCGGAGCGACAGCCGGGGGGUGAUAACUGCCGAAUGCAGCACCAAGAAGGAGAGCUUGAAGGACUCGGGGGCGUUUUAGGGAGCUCCGGGGGCGCCGCGCUCGCCCUUAGCGGCCGACACAAGCCGGAGGAGCUCGCCACCCUCGCGGCCACCACCAGGUUCUCUCGGAAGGAGAUCCAGCUGAUCUAUCGGGGUUUCAAGCAGGAAUGUCCAAGUGGCCUGGUCGACGAAGAUGCCUUUAAGCAGAUCUUCUCACAAUUCUUUCCGCAGGGAGACGCAAGUCAGUACGCUCACUAUGUCUUCAACACCAUGAAGAGGAAACCGUCCGGCAAAAUAAGUUUCGAGGAAUUCCUCACUAUCCUGUCGAAGGUGUCAAGAGGAUCGGUGGAGGAGAAGCUACAAUGGGUGUUCGGUUUGUACGAUCUGGAUGGCGAUGGUCUGAUAAGCAAGGAGGAAAUGCUGGAUGUCGUAGGCUCCAUUUACGAGAUGCUGGGUCGUUACACGCAACCGCAAAUUCUCGAGCCGCACGUGGCCGCCCGCGAACACGUUGAUCGCAUCUUCCACUUGAUGGACGCGAAUAAGGACGGUGUGGUGACCAUCGAAGAGUUGGUGCAGUGGUGUUCCAAGGACGAGCAAUUGUUGCGAAGUCUCGAUACUCUGGACACCGUAUUAUGAGAUUUUAACGUUCUAUUGGAAAUAUUUCAGUAUCGGAUUAUCAAUUACGCUUUGAGCAAUGGCUAUGAAAUAUCAUAUAUGAACCUUUUCAUCGAUUUACCCGCCUCUCUUUAAUAAGAAUAAGAAGAUAAGAAGGAUUAGAUAGAGACAAUUUAUCAAUGACUUAACGAUUAUAUAUGCGAAAAACGAUAAAAUCGAUUGAGAGUGUUGAAAAGAAUUUCUUGAAAGAAAAAGGAAAAUUUGAGUAAAUCUGUUUGCAAAUUUCGAGCUUAUGAUUUAUAGGAAUAAUGUAAAAUGUAAAGAUGUCAAGAUGUCACAUUUAUAAGAAGAAAAAAUCAGAUAUGAUUAGCCAGAUUGUCACUGCUCGAGACGUGUUUUAAAAAAAGAUCCUGAAGAAUGAGACCCUUCUGCACGUGUCUUUUGUAAGUAUGUACGUACCUCGUUACACACCUACCCAGUCUUUCAAAUCCAGUAUGUCACUCAACGAUUGAGGAUCUAUAAGAAUUGAUAAUUUAAGUUGCCUACAAAAUUUCCUGAAACUUAGAAUAUAAACUUAUAACUUCGAGAAUUUUUGAAAUGUUGAUAUUAUAUUU